AUGCCUAAAUUGUGCUCGUUUGGGUGUGCCCCUAAUGGUUCCUCAAUUCAUUUUUUCCCAAAUGCUUUUAAGUUCCCUGAGUGUUUUAAAGCUUGGGUCACUCUUGUUGGUGGAAAACUGGAAUCAGCUUCUGAUUAUGAGUAUUACCAGAAGAAGUUGAUUUGUGACAUACAUUUUACUCCAGAAGACCGAGUUCAGAAUAACCGGUUAAAGGCAUAUGCAAUUCCAUCACUUUAUUUACAUGAAACACCCAAUAACAGCCCAGUACAUGAAGUUGAUUGCAAUAUACAUUUUGAUUUGAGUGAUUUACUUUUAUCUGCUUUACUGCUCUCAACUAUUUAA